AUGGUUUCACUCAAAACUAUCAUCGUUGGAGCUGCGCUCGCCUCAGUUGGCUCUACCCAGGAAGUUAUUAAGACUGGGCGCCUUCAGGGCAAGAGCCCGGAUCUUGGUACCGUUUACCUCUACAAGCCCCAAAGCGAUGGUGGCGAUCCUGUGUGGGCGCAACUUGGCGGGGAGAGCCAAGCCAACCAGUUUACUCUCAGUUCAGAUGCGACUAUCUCUACUAAGGGACUAACACUCAACAUAAUGAGGAAUCAAAUCGAUGAGAAGCGUCUUGGCUACAGCGGUGUCAUCACCUCGGAUAACGGCUGGAAGAUAGUUGAUGGCAAUAAGCUUGUCUCCGACGGCGUCUUCUAUGGCUACCAGGAUGAGUUCCAAGCCUGCAGGUACGCAGGCGGGGAAUACUUUGUUUACCUUGUCUCUCAUAAAGCGGAUAACAUGGAGUGUGUGCCUCUUGGCGCUUUGUACAUUGUUUAA